GUGAAAUAGGACGCAUGUCUCUCGUUCAGUCUGUGGAACACAAAGCGAAGCUGCACAGGGGACUUUUGUGAAUUUAUGAAUACGAUUUCGUAAUGACGCAACGAUCGCCCAUCUCUACCCAAGCCGUUGCAGGUGACAACCAGUUAACUGUUGGUUGGUACUACGCCGUGUUUUUCUUUUUACUGCUAUCAUAUCCAAAACGUCAUUCAGUCUACACGUGAAAUACAAUUCUCGCUCUUCAAGUUUAACCACGUUUAUUCUUUUUAAUUCGGUCCGAUCGUGUUAGUCCCAAUAAAUUAUGGGCACCACCGUGAAGGAACUCGCGCACGGAAUCCCCCAGUUCCGGGGAACCGCGUCGGAAUUUGCGAAUUGGAGUUACCGAGUGAAAUUAUACUUGAAGGCAGCAGGUGUUUCCGCAGUGCUGACCGGAGAAGCUCCGGCAGGAGGUGCUGAAAGGGCCGCGUUUGAAGCAUUGGAUGCAAGGAGGCAGUCAUUAUUAGUGAGCUGCCUGGCGGAUGAAUGCCUCGAGGUUGUGCGAGAAAAGACUACCACCAAGCAAAUGUGGGAAAGUCUUGAGACUACUUUCGCCAAAAAGUGUGUUGCUGAUCGGACCAUAACCCGCAAGCAAUCUUUACUGUCCUCAAGCCGCAAGUUGAAAGUUCCUGUUAAAAUCAAUGUGGCGAAGGAAGGACAGAUGAUGAUAGCUAACAACGUAGGCGAAAUGACCGUCAGUCUGACACCAUAACACAGUUCGAAAAUCGGAGUUUCGGGCCUCGAAACAACAUUAACCGCGAAACAUCUUCCCCUCCCUGCGAAGCAAAGCUAAACAGUUCAUUACCAUAAUUCUGUUCCGAUCAGUAUGAGUAAAAGAUUAUUGUUGGAAUCGGCCAAACAGGAUGAGCACACGUGAUUCCAUAUAUUCUUCAUCGUUGCCCCAGCCCGUUUUGUGUUGUGAAUGAUUGUGCUGUAUUGAAUCGGGCGAAGAAUCAUAGGGAUCCAUCCCAGUGAAGCAGAACGAUCGUGAAAGAGAAAUCCCUCAAUAGGGUUCUGUUUGGUUGUUGUUAUGCUGCGUGUCCGAUACCUUCCCUAGGCGUGGAAGAGAGUGUAAAAUCAAUAAUACCGGGCGAAGUGUUCCGUAUUAAAUUCUGAAAAAGGAAGUCGUGCGUGCUAGGCCCAAAUGUAGCAGAGUCGAAAAUUGAUAACCCACCCAAGUGAGUGCUAUGAAUGAAUCAAUUCCCCCGGAGUGUUUAUGUGGUCGGUCCCAAACGAGAAGAGUGUUGUUUUCCUAUGUGGAUGAUUUCCGUCCUCGGCACCACGCAUUAAAAAGCCGUUAGGGGGUUCAAGUUGAGUGUGUUAUUUUUAAGCUCUCCGAACCAAAAUGGGUUUGGCAUCUUCGAAAGCGGCCAACACCAUUGCCGCCAGCAGCAACGGCGUUGGCAGCAAGUAUGACAGUAUGAUCGUGGAAACGCACCACAAUCAUCCGGAUAUACAGCAACCCUGCUCGCUGUUGCCGUCGCCCUCGAGCGGACUCAGCCUCAGAAACAACGGCGGUGGCAUCGAUACCUGGAAGUCGUCGUCGAUUUCGUCCAGCUGUCACGUACGGCAGGCCAGUAUCCGGUCCCGGAAUCUGCAACCGAUGCCGGACAUCGGGGAGCUGGAUCGGCGGUUCGCGAAGGUGUUGGUGAGUGAUUGUUUGGAUUUUUAUUGUAUUUUUUUCAUGUUUUUAUGGUUGAAGUGUCCAAGCAUUAUUGAUCAAACUUGUUGGAAAUGGAAGAAUGGGUCAUACAUUUCUUAUGACAAUGUUUUUUUAAUGCGUUAUUGCUAAUACAUUUUAGGCCAUUGCUUUCAAAAUGUCGAUUUAUUAUAUACUCCGUUGAAAUUUUUAGAUUGUUUGUUUUAUCGCGUUUUAUGCAAUCGACCUAUUUUUAACAGAGUUGAUUCUCAGUGCUGUUCUUUUUAAAUAUCCGACAUGAGAACAAGAAAAACUUCUUUUUCAUUCAUUAUAUCAGUUUCAACUCAACUGUUUAUAGAACUGGUAUAAGGAUUGGUCCAAAACUGAUAAGAUUUGGACACAAUUUGACGCAGUUCUCAACAGUUCGACAGGUAGUAGAAAACUAGUGUGUUGCCAAUUUUUUCACUGAAUCGGAUGUAUAUCGUUGGUCAAACUUUUGUAUAAAUAAGACCCAAGAAUAGACCACGGAUACAGUUGCUCUUAGGGGUAUAAUCAGCAGUGAGUGAUUUCUCAGCUAAAUUUCGUAUACGGAAUCUUUUUCAUAGGUUGAAUAUUCUAGCCAAAUGUGCUCAAUGGAGCAAAUCAUCUUUGUGCUCAGAACCAAAUUUGACUUAAACUUACUUACUUACUUACUUAAUGAUCCCGCGCCGAUCCUCCGGUGCAUAGGGCCGUGGUAAAAGACCUCCACUGUUGACGAUCCGGAGCCAGCGUCUUCACCUGGUCCCAGUCAAGAUUCUCGUCGACAGUUCGGAUUUCAGCGGCUUCGCCGCCACGAGUUUCUGGGCCUGCCUCUUCUUCGAUGACCUUCUGGAUUCCAGUCAAGCGCCUCUCUGCAAAUCUCGUUUUCAUCUUUUCGCAGCGUGUGCCCAAUCCAUCUCCACUUACGUUCCCGAAUCUCGAUUUCUAGCGCCCU